AUGGCGCGUGUAUCUAGCGGUUGUUGCCUAUUGUCGUUUCGACUUCUAUUUCAGGGAAAGUUCAAGGUGUUCCUCGACAACAUCACCAGCUGCCGCGACCCUGAGCCUCCGUUGGCUAGGAAGCCGGCGCUGCUGUACGACUACAAGAUUUACAACCAGAAUGGACACAACUACAUCAGCGGGACCAGCGCUGUGCUUAGAGAAGUUUCCUUUAUCAACCUGGGUUUAAAAACGUACAACGUGGACUCGUCGUCGGGGCGGCGGCAGCUGCAGUUCGCCGCGGAGAAGCUGACGUGCCGCAGCCUCGGCGGACAGGCCGUCCUCGUGCUCACCAACAUCAACUACACCAGGAGCAAGUGCCUGCUCACGAAGGGUAACAGUACUUUCAAAGAAAUAGACGUGAACAAGAUUGCCCACAGAGUGCCGGCGUGGCACGCGGCGGGCAGCCUGCUGAACCGCCUGCACCUCGUGGACCGGGGACACACCGUCUUCUGCUACGAGGUCUCAACCACUGUCAGGGAUUUAGAUUAGAAUGGACGUCAAAAAGAUCCCUUCACAAUGCACUUUAUGCACUGAACAAAGACUGAAUGUCGAGACUACAAUCGUUGAUGCUCAGUAGCCUAUCGCAGUUACGAGUAUCUAGGCCGACUGGCACUCAUAUUUCGU